AUGGAAUACGAAGAACGACAAGAAAAUGAGGAGCGAAAGAAACAGGAUGUUGUUCCAGAAAAUCGACAUCGUUGUUGCUUCGUAAUCGCCGACCUAAAAUUCAGGAAAUUUUUUGGUCAUAAAACAACUGCCGCGAAAAUUCAUAGAAGCCUAAACACAUUCAACAUUUUUUAUGGAAUUGAGGAUCACAAGGGAGCAUUAUGA